UGUUUGGUGGAUUUAUGGUAUAAGGGUUCACAUUGAGUGGACGAGGCUUUCAAGGUCGGCUGUGGGCGGCACGUAGUGUAGGCUAGUUCAUUGACAAACGCAGACGAAUCGAACGUCUAUAUAAUAUCAGACCGCCACACGAGUGGACAAUUUGUGCUUAAAUUCUCUUCAUUACUAGAACCAAUUCCAGACUAACUUAUAUCCAAUUAUUAUUAUUCUUUUUUUCUGGGUUUUUUCUCUAUUUUUUAUUAUUUAAAUUCCGUUUUCGAAAUAUCCAUCCGUUCAAAAACAAAACCAAAAAAAUCUUAUUUUUACUACACUUCUAACCAUGGGUUAUUUGGGACGUAAACUGGCAGUUUCAAACCGACUCCGUUCGCAAAGAGAGCCAGUGGCUCUUGCUGCAGGCCAUUCUCCAUUGGACUGGGCUCGUUUGGUUGCGAGUAAGCAGAAUUUGUCGGGCGUUCCGACGAUUAUUAAAGUUUCGAAAGAAGAGCUUGCAAAACACAACAAGCCAGAUGAUUGUUGGAUGUGCAUUAAAGGCAAAGUAUACAACAUCACACCGUACCUGCAAUUCCAUCCCGGAGGCGUGGGCGACCUGAUUGACUAUGCGGGUCAGGAUGCCACAAACAAAUUCAUGGAAACGCACGCUUGGGUGAAUGAAGAAGCCUUGUUACGAAACUGUUUGGUCGGCUUUCUUGUUUAAUUACCAUUGCAUGACAAACGAAUCCAUAGGUUUUCUCCGACAUACGGCUGUUGAAAUGGCAAAAAAUAGUCAACAGCAAUUAAACCAAUUCCUUUUUCAGCGAUCAUAUGCUUAAUUUCCUUUUUUCUUUGGCCAUCCUUUUAUUAAUAACAACCUGGAUUUUAUACAAAGUGCUUGCAUGUUCCUUUGUAUCUUUAGAAAACGUUUAAUGAUAAU